UAUUGUCACAGACCAGCUGUCACAACUGAGGAGAACUGGUGGCCCAAGAGGUCCCUGAUUCGUACUUAGGAGGUGCAAUUGAAAGAUCAAGAUCUAGGACUUCACCUCCCUGCCCUGGAAACUGUGCAAUGCGUGCAUCAGGACGCUUUCCAAGAGCAGGAACAGAGAAGUAGAUGUGUACACCUUGUUCAUUUGUCAGUUUCAGUUGCGACGACUCGCUUCUUGACUGAUUGACCCCGAGCACGGUGGGGGAGCGCACGAGGGAUCACCCUGUUCGUAUGCAGUUCGCCUGCAGAGGGGUUCCGACUCACAGCACAAGAUGACAGAGGGCAACCCACUGGUGGAAAAUGACCCCACCAAAGCCACAAAAGAGAUGGACAAGUCGCACGCCGAAGACGAGAAUGAUGUAAAGAAAACGGCGGAACAAGCCCCGUUAAAUGAGACUGAGGAGAGCGUGGCCACCAAGGUGUCCGUGGAGCCGAGCAGUACAACCCCGAAAGAGUUUGUGCCUCCUGAGGGUGGCUGGGGAUGGAUAGUCAUGCUGGCUUCCAUGUGGUGCAACGGCUCCGUCUUUGGCAUCCAGAAUUCCUUUGGUGUUCUGUUUGUUGCCAUGCAGAGAGACUUCAGUAGUGGAGGCGACGAGGACCUGAAGUUUAAAACAGCUUUGGUGGGCUCCCUGUCAAUGGGGGUGAUUUUCUUAUGUUCCCCUAUUGUCAGCGUCUUCACAGAUCUUUAUGGGUGCAGAAAGACUGCCAUCGCUGGAGCUACAGUUGCCUUUAUUGGUCUUUUUUGCUGCUCUUUUGUAACUUCACUUGGGCCAUUAUAUUUCACGUAUGGGAUUGUAUUUGCAUGUGGCUGCUCCUUCUCCUACCAGCCAUCCCUAGUUAUCUUAGGGCACUACUUCAAGAAGCGACUGGGCCUCGUCAACGGCAUUGUGACAGCUGGAAGCAGUGUUUUCACCAUCUCCUUGCCUUUUCUCCUGAGGGUGGUUCUGGAAAAAAUUGGUCUGUUCAACACCUUUCGUGUCAUGAGCGUUUUUAUGUUCAUCCUCAUUCUUGCUGGAUGCACAUACAAGCCACUGCUUCCUUCUCAACCAAAAACAAAGGUGCAGAAGCAGGGACGCUGCAUGCUUUUGAGAAGGUUCUUCAACCUGAAAAUCUGGAAAUUUCAAGGAUACCGGAUCUGGGCACUUGGCAUCCCGGCUGCACUUUAUGGAUACUUUGUGCCUUAUGUCCAUUUAAUGGAGCACGUGAAAGAAAGGUUUGGUCCUGAUGUCAACAAAGAAAUUCUACUGAUGUGCAUUGGCAUCACCUCGGGUGUCGGGCGUUUGAUUUUUGGAAGAGUGGCUGACUACAUUCCUGGUGUGAACAAAGUUUACCUUCAGGUAUCUUCAUUUUUUGUGAUUGGCCUGAUGUCCAUGAUGAUCCCAUUGUGCAAUGUUUUCGGAGGUCUUAUUGCCGUUUGCCUUCUCAUGGGUCUUUUUGAUGGCUGCUUCAUCUGCAUAAUGGCUCCUAUUGCUUUUGAGCUGGUUGGCCCUGAAAAUGUGUCGCAGGCCAUCGGCUUUCUUCUGGGAUUAAUGUCUUUACCUAUGACUAUUGGACCACCAAUUGCUGGCUUUCUACGUGACAGACUUGGCUCCUACGACGUGGCCUUCUACUUGGCAGGAAUCCCACCAAUCAUUGGAGGAGCAGUGUUGUGCUUCAUCCCUUGGGUUCAUCAUCGAAAUAUGAGGAAGAAGCAAGCAGAAGAAGGAGAAGCCAAAGAAAAAAUCAAUGAGCCUUCAGAUAAAUGUUGACCAGUAGAAAAUGACGUCAAGUAUAGCACAUGCAGAAUUUAAGAGUGUGUGUGCUGAAAAUGUAACAAAUCUGAAUGAUGCUGCGAGUAAGAGGGGGGAGAAGGCACACAACGGAUUGUGUGAUCUAGUGCAUUAUGACCUUACUUUAGAUGUUAGCUUUGGUCAGACGUAUAGUUCAAAAAGGGAUUCAAUAUUUCUAUCCAUCCUGUGCAAGUGCAUUCCUUUUAAUCUCUAUUAUGCUGUUAUGAUGAGUUAAGUAAAAGGCAGGCACUGUUGGCGAUUAUUCAGAAAGUUCUUAUUUACGUGAAAAUCUUCAUAUUUAGUUGACCAAAAUUGCUGCUUGUUUUGUAGAAAUAAUCUGAAAUUUGUAUUUACACAUCCAUGUGAUAAAGCACAAUAGGAGUUUCUUAAAUCUGCCUUAAAAGUCACGACAGGCUGCCUUGUGUAUUUUAACAAAAGAAACACAACAGCGCUUUCAGCUCAAUCUGGGAUGGACAGUUACCUGGGAGCUGUUGUCUUUCUAGAGUAUAUUUAAAUAAGAUGCUGAGCAUGGCAAGAAAAUAAUUUAUAUUUUGUGCAUAAGACAAAGCCACACAUAAAAUUGGAACCAAGUGCAUAUAACAUUUCUAGGUGCCACACAUGAGGGAAUGAAAGCACAAUAUUGGGAAAGUUGCCCCAUUUUUUCUAACAGAAUAUGAAUCUCUCUCUUAAAAGCACGGCCAUGCAGGCUAAACAGUGACAGGGGGUAAAGAAGACAGGAGCCCCUAUAUGUACUGACGUGAUUUAUGUCUCCUCAUGUUUGCCAGUCCAUGAUGGCACUUGUCUUUUACGAGGAUAUAGGAUUACGCUCUUUGUAUGCCAGCUGCUUAAAAAUCCGUCUGGCAGCCAAGAAGAAGCCUUGCAUUCAGAUUUAUUAAAAUAUUUAGGACAUGUUGCAUUUAGGUAGACAUUGUUUUCUCAGAGGUUGUUGAGGAUAUUUAGUAAUCUGGCUAUAUUGGCAUCAUUUUUUUGUGAUUUUUUUUUUUUUUGGCCUAUAAAGUACAAUGAUGUCCUAAGCUAGGCCAGCUUUGGCUUAGUAAGCAAUAUACAGUGUUAGAGAUCACUCCUGCCACUGAGUCAGCGGUCAUCUCACUGGCAGCAGUGCCUCAUUUGUAAUGUGGAGCUAUAAGUAGGAUAUGAAGCAAUAUUUCUUCUUUGGUUCUUUGGCUACUCAGACUUACAAACCUGGCACAGAAUUUCUGGUGUCAGUUUACUCUCUUCCUUCAUGUUUCGUGAAGCGGAAUGACUGUACCUCAUGUAUCCUGUUUAAGAUAGCUCUUUUUGUUUUGCUCACAUUACUGAAUAAAAGGGUAGAUUAUAUGAACAGAUGAGCCACCCAGCAGCAUGGGACAAGUCGUCCUGUCUACGCAGAGUACAAUAUUGUGUUUAUAGAAGUCAUACAUUACAGCAGAAAUGUAAAUAGAGACCCCAAGUGAGCCCCAGCAUUUUCAGUUUGUGACUAAGAAUUACUUUUUUUUUUUUUUGCCUGUUAUUCUAUUUUGUGUACAAUCGCUGCUCAGCAUGAACGUCGUAUUAACAUUCUGCCUCGACCCUCUCAAAGACGUGCGCUUCUGGAGCUCCCUUCAAACCCUUGGCAUGACUGGCCAUUUUAUUACUUCAUUUGUCAAUUGUCGCUUUCAAUAUUUCAGUGAUUUUUACAUCACUUUUAUUCUGUCAGGAAAAAUACAUCUAUUUGUGCUUUGGUUGGUGCUCAUGUGAUGCAUUUUUGGCUUAAUUUAUUACUGUUAUGUUUGCAAAUACAGAUCUCUUGACUUACUUUAAUCACAAUUUACCAGCUACUACAAACCUACCUCAGUUUUUUCUUCAGAAUUUGCAGUAUUGACAGGCAGUGAUGCUCAUAAAAGCAGACGGAGUUUACUAUAAAUCUGAAUUCUGUUCACGCAGGCAGUGUCUUCUUCACAAUAAUCUGUAGCAGCACUUACUAGAUGGGGAGAAUCUGAAAAAAAAAACAACGAGCCGUUCUGUGCUUCAGUCCAUUAGAAGAUGUUAGUUCAUAUGGGAUCAGAAAAAGAAAACAAAAAUCAGAAAUCCUAUCCUGUAUAAUUAAAAUAAUGGUACUUUUACUAGUAAUGAUCGAAUAAUGCUACUACUAAUGAUAAUAGUGGUACUUUUAUUAGAAAACCUUAUUCAAUAGUAACUUUAUUGAUAUUGUUUAAUAAUAAUAAGGUGGUUAACACUGGCCCGGACACAGUCUAUGUGUAGUUCGCUCCCAGUGCUCCAGUUUCCUCCCUUGUGUUAAACCAAUUGGUGACUUCAAAUUGGUGUGAAUGGGGCUGACAUCCCAUAAUGGGUUAGUUCUUUCAACUCCGCCAUUAUUGGCUUGGGCUUCCUGAAGCCCUGAAUUGAAUUAUGCAGAAUACCAAAGGUGGGUCAAUGAAUAACUACAGUAUAUUUUGAAAAUCCUUCUUUUAUUAUUAGCAGAGUAUCAGUUACCAAUAACUCUAAACAGUACUUAUAUUCUGGAAGAAUGAGAAUCCUAAUUUUAAGUAUAUUCUUUAUAAUACUAAUAAUGGUACUUUUAUUAGUAACAAUUUAGUUGUAUUGCCAGCCCUAUUCGCCAGUUAUAAUAACUUUCCAUUAGCACUCUCAUUUCCUUACUCGUGUUUGUCUGUAAGGAAUCCGAUUGCUAUUCCGUAAAGUUAAUUUCAGAUGGAAUUUACCAUGUUAAAUAGUAUGCUGCAUAUGACUUCAUGUAUCUGUCACUUCAGAAAUCAUCGCCUGGCCAAUUUCGUUUCCGUUUGUACAUGAUUUGCUUUCUCACUGUUGCAUUAAAGAACUGAUUCUUUCCCAAUAAUUCCAAAUCACUAAGUGGCGCUCACUCUUACUCAGCUACUCAGUAAUCUUCCCGGCUUUCUCUUACACGUGUUUCAGAGGUUUCUCUGCGUGAACAAUUUGACAGCUUGUUGUGCAGUGUGGCACUAAUGGUAGGCGCUGUUGGAAUUAGCAUUGCGUCCAUACAGGAGGAGCCCUUACUGCUUUUAAAAUAAUACAAGCACACUACUAACAACGCCAUAUUACUUUUUACCUUUCUCUGUUCGUUUAUCUAACAGGCAGCAUUAGACUGAUUUGUUGUUUUACUCUCAAAGGGAACAUGGCUUAUUAAUGUAUGUUAUUUUUGGUGUGUGUUGCUUGCUAUAUGUAACUUUACCUCAUUAAGGACUGGAAGGCAGAAACCUAAAUCAUAUUUUGUAUAAUUGUAUCUGUUUACUAGAAAUAUUACUGACAUGUUUGUGACUGUGCUGGCUGUGAUGGUCUCAUCGUUGAUGUCAGUCCAGCAUACCUUGUGAGAGUCUGAAAACAGCUCAAGAUUUCCCUCAUCUGCACUCCCCUACGUCGGCCGCACUGGUGGGCCAUUUAUUUAACUGGCAUCACCAGGAAGGACAUACCAGCUUCAGAGGUUUGGAGGAUGCUCCUCUAAUGGGAUGUGAAUAUAAUUGUAAUUUUUGAUUUUGAUUUGAUAUUCUUUAUUAGUCCCAAAGGGGAAAUUGCCUUUUCACAUGACCUUGUAAUGUUUAAUAUUUUUGCAGUCCUUCAGACAGGAGAAUAUAUGACUUUAAUCAGUCAAGCAGAUUAUCAAGGUGUCUGUUAGGUUAGGACAGGGGUGCCCAACUCCAGUCCUGGAGGGCCACAGUGGCUGCAGGUUUUUAUUCUAACCCUUUUCUUAAUUAGUGAUCUGUUUUUGCUGCUAAUUAACUUCUUUUGAAUUAAUUUUAUUCGACUUGGUUUUUAAGAAAUUUUUCCCUGAAUUUCUUCAUCGUUCCUCUGAAUUGCUUCAUUUCUUUCCUUAAAUGGCACCCAAACAGAAGUAAAAUGUGAAGUGAGGGAGCCAACAGAAGACCACCUAAGGGUCUCAAACUCCAACCAAUUUCACACCAACCAGUUGCUUAAUGAGGCGCAGAUUCUUGUCGUUAAUUAAACUCUUUAAUUCCAUGGCUUGUUAGUGCUCUCAUUGUACAAUAUUAGACAUUUAUGAAAUUGUGGAUUUUCUCUUUUCUAUGAGCAGAUCAACAUUCCUGAGACCUUCACCUUUCUUUAUUUCCAGAUAUUGUAGGAUGGUCACAGUUUGCUGCUCCUGUUUUGGCUCAUUUUGUAUCUCAUUAUUGUUUGGCUGUUAAUUAAGGAAAAAGAAACAGCUGAGGGGUCUGAGUCUUCAAGAGCAAAUCAAAUAAAAUGAAUUCAAAAGAAGUUAAUUAGCAGCAAAAUACAGGUCACUAAUUAAGAAAAGGAUUAGAAUGAAAACCUGCAGCCACUGCGGCCCUCCAGGACAGGAGUUGGGCGCCCCUGGGUUAGGACAUGGAAGAUUCUUUUCUUGGAUGGGAAAAGCAUGUCCUGUUGAACAAGCCUUUUAAUUUAAGAUAAUGCAUAAUGAUGAAGGAUGCACCUGAAAACUGGUGUGCAACAUAGUCUAGGUGUCCUGGACAGAAAUAAAAUGAUAAACCUAGAAAUGUCCCAGGCAGUUCAACUCAUGGUCUAUUUGUCUGUCUGUCUGUCUGUCUGUCUUAGUUUUCUGCAGUCCAUUCCUUUCGAACCAAGGUUGCCUUAUAAUAACUUGCACAAAUAUGAAAACUAGCCAAGGUAAUAAAUACUGUGAAGGUAACAAGCACAGGAAAAAAAAGGCCAUGUUGUGCCGAAUGAAAGAAACAGAUGACUGAAUUUAAGUCCAGCCAAUUCAAAGUUGUUUUUUUGUAAUUGUUCUCCAGUUUUGCCUUGUUUUGAAACUGACUGGUCUUUCUUGCUUCAUUUAAAUCAUUGUUGAAGUGCAUUGUUAGCAUAAUCACCUCCGGUGAGGCCAAAUGCAUGUAGCAUUCUUCUUCUUUGUUCCGUAUGACAAUUAUGGAUGACUGUCUGGACCAGCAGAUUUUAUUUAUAUAUUUUUUUUUUUAUUUGUUUUUGACCGAAGAAAUGAAGAUCAUUUUUAUCUUGUCUUAGUUACUUUGUAAAUCACAAAGGUAAAAAUAUACAUUUCACUCUUAAAGAAUGUUUUAUUCACAGUGGUGUUCUACUGCUUUGUUGUAUUAAAGCUGCUUGUGAAUCCUGUUUUAGUCAAUAGACGUUUUUGUGACAUAUGAGAACAGAUGAAUGAUUAUUUAGGGUUGUAGAUUUUGGUUUCUUUUGGUAAGCCAAUCAGUUGAUUAAUCGGACAUCUUUAUUGUACAGGCCUUGGAUGAUGUGUGGCAUGCCGCAGUCAACCAAGGGCAUCUCAUUGACGAUAAGAUCAAUCCUCUUCUAAUAUCAAUGAUCAGAGGGGAUGAAGAAGUACCAAAGAAAGGCUUUCAAAAGAGGCAAAAAUAAUGAAAAGCCCCCACCAGCAGUAAGCAAGAAGAUACAAAGUGCAGAUUGGAAGGAGAGACUGAGCUCCACUGAGGUGAUGCUGACAUGUAUUUAUGUGACAACAUGCUUUGUUAUGAACCUUAGAACUGCAGUAUAAUGAAUAAAAAUUUUUGUCAUGUUUUUGGUCCAGUAAAGGCAAAUCUUCUUUCACUAUCUAGAAAAGACCAAAAAUCACUUCUACCCCAUCAUUUUUCUAGAGUUGCCCAUUGGUAAUAUCACUGAUCGAUUGAGUUCUGUUUCGAUGCCCGCCUUAGACUGAUCAAAAAAAUCAACUCAAACUGUAAUUGUCAUGUACAAAUUAUAAAUACAGAACAAUAUGGAGCGAAAAGCUUAGCUGCUAAACUCUAAUGACUGUGCCUUUAAGAAGAAUGUAAAAGUACAAUACUCAAAUCAUUACUAGAAUUUAAAUGUGUGAUAAGUAAUACAUUAAUAACUUAAAUAACUUGGUGUAAGAAAUGCAUAAGCUUGAAGUAAGCAUUAAAUUGAAGCCUUCAUGUUCAGGAUGAUGGGAGCUGAGUGGGAGGAUGCAGAUCUAAUCGAACUGCAGCCACCAUUUUUAUUUUGUUUUGUUUAAAUGCGGACAGAAUAAGGGAGACUGGAGACUCCAAAUUGGACAGGCCUGCUUGGAUAGUGCAGGAAUGGAUGGAAGAUGAACGAUUCAAAUGUGAACCAGAAAUGCUUUCAAUCGGUAACCCUAAUGAUCACAAAACUCAUUACGCACAGAGAUUUUAUCAGCAUACAACACUGCAUCUGCUUUUUGAGACUAUCAAGCAGGUUUGUUUGCUAAAAUGACAAUGGUGGGGUAGAAGGAAGAUUUUCUCUGAAGAUACUCUUGCUAAUGUCACUCACACCCCAAAUUCAGGAAAAACCGAUCUGCACUGUAUCUUCUCCUUUGCUGAGGCUGUGGGUUUUUAGUUAAAUUGCAGUUUGCUCGACAGUGUUUCAAAAGCAAAAGUGUUCUUUAAUAUCCUGAAGUCAGGUUUUCGUCUAUAUUUUUUUUAAAUAAUUUAUUUCAUUAGGGCAGUCAAUUGUAAAUCAGGAACCUCAAAUGCCCAAUGACUGACAUGGUCUUAAUUGUGGGAGAAGAGAGAACAGUGAUUCAUGAUGAACUUUUUAUUGUAAUUUUACUCUACAAUUAUCAUUUGUUUUUACUUUUAAAUGCUAAGAACCAAAUCAUGUCAGCAUGCAGCUGGCAGAGGCUUGUUUGCUUGGUCUAAUUUCAAGAGACAGACAAGUCACGCAUGUUUUCACCAUUUUUUUCUCUGCACCUCUUAAAAAAAAUACAAAGCCAGGACCAUGAAAGCGUCAGUGGUGCUGCGUUUAUGUUGCUUAAAUAAUCACUUUUCAUUUGAAGUAUUUUGCCAUUACAGUUUCUUCUCUUGAUUGUCCUUAUUUUUUGAAGUUUGUAUUUUAUUUUUUGCUUAUCAUGAGUCUUUAAAUAUUAUGAGAUGAUGGAGGUAUUGUUUAUGAUCAUUUUGCUUGUAUGCCUUAUGUUUUUGUACAGGGUGGCUCAGGCACAUAAAAUGUAAAGUUGUGCAUUCCGUUCAUUGUGCAAGUGCAUAACCGGCAGUGGAAAAAAGCACCAAAUAAAUCAUGCCUGUCACUGUUUUUUGGCAAACAUACAUUUGUUUUUAUUUUGACUGUCCCUUGGCAAUGCCCUAACCAAAGCCCACUGCUGCCAGGGCAGGUGCUAACACUCUACAACCCUAACAAUGAGAUUAGUUGGGUGCAGUAAUGAGGGAAGUAUAAACCAUUUCAAGCAUUAAUCCCUCACUAAGGUUGCGAAAGCAUGGAGACUUAUCAAAAAAAAUCUCAGUGAAUUCAAAUUAAAUAGCAAAGCUCUCUGUGAGUUCUCUUGAACCACUUUAGUCUCAAUGUACAGAUUUAAAAAUGGAACCUUUUCAGGAAUGCAGGUGAAAAUCUUCCUUGUUGAAUUAAUUAAUAUUAAUGUUUGUCUUCAUUGAUUUUUUUUCCAUUGCUGGAUUAUAUGUGCAGUACAAAUAUGAAUUAAUAACAGAGUGAAUGGGUAAGUGCGCCACCCUGAGUAUGCAUGCUGUUCAUUCAUUUAAGAGCAUAUGCGUUAUUUUCCUUGUAUAUGUUGCCAAUUGCAUGUUUAUAUUAAAUCUGAUUAUAUGAAAUGCAAAGGUCUCUUUGAGACAUGAAAAAAUAUAUAUAUGCUUAUAUUGCAAAAUAUUUUCAAAGUAAAAUUUGCUUUUUCAA